AUGUUUAUUAAAUAUUUUGCUGUCUUUAUUUUGCUAAAUUUGAAUAUUUUGGGUUCUAGGGCAGAUUGGUGGGAUGAUGUAGUUGAUGGGGUACAUGGAAAAUUGACUCAGGCAGCAGAUUGGAUUAAAGACAAAGCCGGCCCUACAAUUAGAGAAAAAUUUGAUGAAACAAAGAAAACACUUCAGGAUCCCAAAACUCAUGAAAAGGUGCAAGAUUGGGUGGAGGAUGAAGCUGUUCCUGUAGUCAAGGAAAAAUUUGAGCAAUUUAAGGUAGUAGAGAAAUUAAAUAUUUAUGCAGGACUUAAUAAAAAAUAA